CACAAUAUGACUUCUCCAAUAUCGCCAGACUCUUUGCAACAUAUUCAACCUGAACCAUUAACUCUUGAAGAGAUGAAUUUAGAAGAAAGUAUAAGCUUGACACCAAGCACCACUGGUGAAUUACCUACUGAAUUUCAACCUCAACAACAAUUCCCCUUACUUAGGAAAAUAUUGGGGUACUUGACCAAAGUUCAAAAAUAUACCGGAUAUAUGUUUACUACUUUUGCUGGUUUGCAUCUUGCAUCAGUAGUAAUCACCCCUGGAUUAGGAAUAUCCAUGGCAAAAUCUCAAGACAUGUUUGAAUUAGCAAGAACUAUUUACCUUCAAAUUCCUGGAUUUGAGUUUAUGUUUGUCACUGGGGCCACUGUGGCUCAUGUUUUGAGUGGGGUUGGAAUCCGUAUGAUCAGAAAUCAUAUUCGUUAUCAAACUAGAACAAUGAGACCAACAAAGAAUGAUACUCCAAUUUUGACCGAUUCUGAACGUGAUGAUAUAGGCUUAGGAGGGAUCACUGGAUUGAUAGGUUUAGGAUAUCGUAAGGCUUGGAUCUCAAGAUUAAUUCCAGAAUUAAGUCCCCUUGCAUUUUCUGGUUAUUUACUUAUUCCAAUUGGAUUACUUCAUUACUUUGAAUUCCGUUGGUCUCCAAUGAUUAUUGAUGGGGAUUCUUCCUUGAUAUCCUUGCAAUAUAUUACUCAUGUACUUCACUUCGAAGCUUGGCCAUAUCAAAACGUUCUUAAUUUUGCAGGAUUGGUAGGGUUAGUUUGGUUGGGUCUGUAUCAUAUGGUUAGUGGUCUUUGGAAGAUUAGAAGAAGAUACAGUGCAAGAGAUAAGAAAUUAGGCUACUUCAUCAUAAACAUAUUAACAGCCUUGAGUGUUGUUAGUUUAUACCGUUUCCAGCGUGGCAGUAUUGAUACUGGAUUCAUGGGUAAACAAUUCACAAAGUAUCUUCGGUACUUUUUAUGGUGA